AAGCCUAAGCCCGCCCCCCUCGUUGCAGGUUGCGCCAGAUGGACGUCGAAUUCAUGAAGCGAUUGCACAAGAAGGUGAAUAUCGUGCCGGUCAUAGCCAAGGCGGACACGCUCACCAAACCGGAGAUUCAGAAGCUUAAAACCAAUCUGCUAAAUGACAUAGAAGAUAAUAAAAUUAAGAUCUACCAGUUCCCUGAAUGUGAUUCAGAUGAAGAUGAGGAGUUCAAGCAACAGGAUCGGGAAUUGAAAGCUUCCAUACCAUUUGCUGUGAUUGGGUCCAACUGUGUGAUUGAAGUUGCGGGGAAGAAGAUGAGAGGGAGGCAGUACCCCUGGGGCAUUGUAGAAGUGGAGAAUCCUGCACACUGUGACUUCGUAAAGCUACGAACCAUGCUCAUAUCGACCCAUAUGCAGGACAUGAAAGAGGUCACGCAGGACAUCCAUUAUGAGAACUUUAGGGCUCAGUGUAUAUCUCAGAUGCAGCAGGUAGCACUGAAGGAGAGAAACAAGUUAAAAAGAGAGAGUGCAGCCAAUUUCGACACUGUUGGUGACACAGAUAAGCUGCUUCAGCAAAAGGAUGAGGAAAUUCGCCGAAUGCAGGAGAUGCUGAGCCAAAUGCAGGAGAAAUUGAAAGAAUCUGGUAAGGACCCGAGUGCUGCUCUCUCCCUUGAGCCUGGUAAACGAGAUUCCGUGGUCAACGUGUGACAUCACAGCUCCUCCCUAUCCUUCAAUUACUUUGUAGUUACUGCCUGUUUGAUGUGGUGUCUCAACAAACUGUUCAUGAUGUCAUUAGUGUGUUCUUGUGAUAACCCAACCAUUUCUGCUUGUUCAUGACGACAGUCCACACCCUCUGUUUGUGUGGAGGAAGGAGUAAAUGGUUUUGGCAAGUAGUCCCACACUCAUACACAUCCUUCAACACUGCUGUCAUAUGGCAUUGGUAUUUAAAAUUGUCACCAAAGGUUCCAUAGUGGAAACUAAAGUAUUUUCUUUUUUCCUUUUGUCUUCUCUUUACAUCAAAGGUAUUCAGUGUUACCUCUGGUAAAUACCAUAGGUAUUUUACCCAUAUGUAUUUUGAGACAUAUAUGCAUUUUUUUCCCUUUCGUACACAAUAAUGUAAAGAUCUUGCUGUAAGAAAUGAGAGCUGCCAUAUGGUCUCACUGGAUGAUGCUACUGACUAGUAGUUACAUGUGCUUUUUAUCACUUUUAUUGAUAUAAAGUAUGCUGGGACAAUAUAUUAUGUUAAACUCCUGAUUUGCUGAAUAUCAUUAUAUUGUGUUACUUAUGUGUAUUUUUUAAUAUGAUUUCUGUGUCUUUUAACCAGGGUUAAUUUUGUAAAUAUUUUUCCUCUGACUGUAACUUACCUUAUUUUAUAAAUAAAAAUUUCUUAAUAGUCAAACAAAUGCCUGAAAACAUGUGGUAUGUUUGUAUAUUUCUGACUGUCCAACAUGAUGGGAUCAGCCCUUUACGGCAAAUGACUUUGUAUCAUACAACUGUAUAGAAAUCCAUUCAAAUUGUUCUUCAUUAUCUGUUCAGUGACCUCAUUUGUGUAGUUUGUCUUAAAGCUGGCCAGCAGUUUUACAGGCAACACAACUAUUUUCAACAUUAUGUGUCACUGUUGUGCUUACAUGUAAACAAAAUAACAUUCAGUUAAAAGUAGGUCAAGUGUGUAUUACUAAAACACAGUAUUACCCAUGAUUUCAUAUUUUGGGCUAUUUUAUCAAGGAAUGCAGAUGUUACUUAGAAUAUGUAGUAAUGUACCUUUACUUCUUACCAGACUUUCAUAUUCUUUUACUAUUACAUGUGAGGAUUUCUAAUAAGAUGCAAAACUUUUUUUCUGAAUUGAUUUGGCGAAUGUUUUAUUAUUAAUAUUACUGUCUUUGUCAAUUGUUUUAUUGAAUGCAUUUGAUGACUGGCAUGAUAUUUUUGAAUUAUCACUUGUAUAUUUUUUUUGCGACUAAUUUGCUCCAGUACCAGACGACAAAACCAAGGUCUGUGUGCUUGACCGUAUUCCUUUUCCUCUUUGCCAUGGUGCUUUGUGAGAAACUGCCUCUGAAUGACUGACAAUGCCAUAUUCCUUGCUGUCACUUUCCUGGUCUUUUUUGUGAUUAUAUUCCCCAUGUUUUUAAGACCAGAUAUGCAGCUUUACCUGUGGGUUUUACUUAUCAUAUUUUAUUUAUGUAAUCUUUAGUGCACUAUCUUUUCCUUCAUAAAUGCAGAAUGAAGGUUCACUUCUCAUAUGGUGAAACAAUGAAUGUCAUAGAAUUAGACCAACGAAAUGGUAUAUGAUGGAUAAGCUAUAUUAUUUUUUGGCUUUAUACAGGUGCUACGUAACUAUCUUCUAAGCCCUGUAACUAUCAGACUACACUACAGUAGAAAUUAGUUAUAUUAGUGUUAUUUUCAAUCAUGGUCCAGUGAUUUAGGGUUUAGAAAUUUUUACAUAACCAUUCUGCCUUACUCAUAUCUUAACACAGUUAAAGCUCAUUUGUUUGAAAGAAAGGAAAUGAAAUUCCAGCAUAAUGCUUACAAAUGCCAUUGUCAUUACAUGAGUGCAAAAAAGAAAAGAAAAGAAAUGAAAAAGGUUUUUUAUCCUCCAAAUCAAUACAUGCAUCUACACAUGCACGCAUGUACAUGAACACACACAGCUACACACACAGCUACACACACACACACACACACACACACACACACACACACACACACACACACACACACACACACACACACACACACACACACACACACACACACACACACACACACACACACACACACACACACACACACAUAUAUGUGCAUUUCAUUUUUGCUUUUAUUUAUUAUCUUUUAAUCAAUGAUGCCCACCCUGUCAGAACAGCUUUUUCACUUUUAUAUAUAUCAUAGGCAUAUAAACUAAUGAACUAGAAUUACAUGAAAGAACUUUGAAGAUAAAAGAAAAAAUUAAUUGGACCAAAAAUAAGACACUAGAAUAUACUACUAUCAAUUCUAUUAAUUACUACUUAUAGCUUAAUUCUCACAAACAGGAGGCAAAAGAGAGCUCCCUCAUUAAUAGGGGCUACCUGAGAUGAGGUACGAGAGGGCAGUCUUCACCUCAUGUAGUAAACACAAGUCAUGUGCUCUUGUGAGUGUUUGCGGAUACAGGUUGUAAAAGGACACCUCGAUUCUAUUUUUCCACAGUGCUCGGAACUGUCCAUGUAGUACAUAUCACUUGAACUUUGUGUAUGUAACUGGAGUGAGAAGGAAAGAUAUUUGCAUGUAUUCUGUGAGGAGAACAAGAAUGUGUAUAAUGUGUAAGGAGUUAUUAUAGAGGAAGCUUUUUUUUUAUUUACCAAUUUCAGUUGAGGAUGCCAUGUAAAUUCUAUGAUCAUUAUAAAUUUUUAAUAAACUGCAUGUCAGGAAAAAUGGCACAAUGGGAAAACAAAUACCAGAUUAUUUAACUGACUUACUGUGUAGCUCAGUGAUUCCCAUCAAAGUAUCAUGAAAUAAACAUUAAAGCUAUGUAGUUAAAAGAAAUUGGGUUUUGAUAAAAUAUCAAGUGUAAAACAAAGCAAUUUUUUGUCAAUCAUGAAAUGCUUGAAUACCAAUGUAUCCCAGUGUAGAAAUUCAAAACAUUUAACCCUAAUUUGAUAUGAUAUAGGAAAUUGAAAUAUAUUUUAGUUUUUAC